AUUUCUUUCUUUGAAGGUUCUUUCUUCGAUCCGCCUGCCUUUUAUUAUUGCCUAAUCUAUGACGACUUUCAUCCCUUCUCCGUCGUCAACUUUCUCAUUCUCUUUAACAUUUGCAUCAUGAAGAUUAUGAAAUAACUUUUCAUAACGUUCGAUAGAAGAUCAGAAGAACACAAGGCAACACAAACCUUGAUUAUUUGAAGGCAUGGAUGGUGUGAAUGCAAAACGACGGGAGAAUUUUACCGGCAGAAUUCUUGUGGCUGCCCUCUUGGCAACUGUUUUGAUUAUUAUCUUCACAACUUCAUCUGAUUUUAGCACCCCCAAUGCAUUCUCCCGCCAUGAAACAGGAGUGACUCAUGUCUUAGUCACUGGAGGUGCUGGCUAUAUAGGCUCUCAUGCGGCGCUUCGACUCCUCAAAGAUCCAUACCGUGUAACUAUAGUGGAUAAUCUUUCCAGAGGCAAUAUGGGUGCUGUUAAAAUUCUCCAAAAGCUAUUUCCAGAGCCUGGACGUCUUCAGUUCAUCUAUGCCGAUCUUGGAGAUGCAAAAUCGGUCAACAAAAUCUUUGCAGAAAAUGCAUUUGAUGCUGUGAUCCAUUUUGCAGCUGUUGCUUAUGUUGGUGAAAGUACACUUGAACCUCUUAGGUACUAUCAUAAUAUAACAUCAAACACCUUGGUAAUUUUAGAGGCAAUGGCAGCACACCAUGUGAAGACACUGAUAUAUUCUAGUACUUGUGCAACUUAUGGAGAGCCUCUGAAGAUGCCUAUCACAGAACAAACUCCUCAAAUGCCCAUCAACCCAUAUGGAAAAGCCAAGAAAAUGUCAGAAGAUAUCAUAAUCGACUUCUCCAAAACCACCAACAUGGCUGUCAUGAUCCUAAGAUACUUUAAUGUGAUUGGAUCAGACCUAGAAGGAAGAUUAGGAGAAGCUCCUCGUGCUGAGCUAAGAGAGCAUGGCCGUAUAUCAGGUGCUUGUUUCGAUGCAGCUCGAGGGAUAAUUCCUGGACUCAAGGUUAGAGGAACAGACUACAAAACAGCUGAUGGGACUUGUAUAAGGGACUACAUUGAUGUCACCGACUUGGUUGAUGCUCAUGUGCUUGCUCUUGCCAAUGCAAAACCUGGGAAAGUUGGAAUCUACAAUGUUGGCACAGGAAAAGGAAGAUCAGUGAAGGAAUUUGUGGAAGCAUGUAAGAAGGCAACAGGGGUGGAUAUAAAGGUUGAAUAUCUGAGCCGCCGGCCUGGGGAUUAUGCAGAAGUAUAUAGUGAUCCAACAAAAAUAAGGCGUGAGCUGAAUUGGACAGCCAGGUAUACAGAUAUUCAAGAGAGUUUAAAAGUCGCAUGGAGAUGGCAGAAGUCACACAUGAAUGGCUAUGGUCCUUCCAAUGCCACAGAUUAACCGUUAUAUAGCAGAGUUCAUUGUAGAUUUGUAGUAGAUUAUUAGCCAGGUCUACCAAAAAGUAGGCCUUUUAUGCGAGUAUAUGAAAACUUAUCCACUAUUAUUUAUGAAUAUCUAAUAAAGUGAAUGCAGUGGGGAAGAG